AUGGAUUGUCUUGCAUGGAAAAGUAGGUUCCAGAUUGCAUUCACACUCAGUGUCUUCUUCAUCCUAUCUGGCUCAAUUACUCAAGGGGCUAAUAUAUUGGUUGUUCCUGUGGAUGGAAGCCACUGGAUCAAUAUGAGGAUUCUAAUUGAACAACUGAAACCACGUGGACAUAACAUUUCUGUGCUUCAUUUCCCAGGAACUUUGUACAUUAAAGAGAAGCCUGAUCUAUAUCAAUCCAUUAUGGUUGGAGUGCACAGAGCUGCUGGAUAUAAUAACAGUGCAGACAUUACCCAGAGUUUAAUAAAAAACGCAUUGGAAGCUUUACAGAAUGGCUAUUACUCUUUUGCAUUUCAUUACGAAACUAUGUCUUUUCUCCUCAAUUUUCACACAUGGUCACGAGAGUGUAUUAUUGCAAUUUUUCAAGACAAACAUUUGUUAAAACAACUGGAAAUUGCCCACUUUGACUUAGUACUGACCGACCCCGCUUUUCUUACUGGUUCAAUUGUGGCUUAUUAUUUCAAAAUCCCCAUAGUGUACAACGUCCGAUGGGUUACUACUGGAGAAGCUCAGUUUUUAGCUGCCCCAUCACCACUGUCCUUCGUCCCAAUCCCUGGUUCCAGAUUGACGGAUAAAAUGAGUUUUCUUCAAAGAACACAAAACGUAUGUCAAAGUCUGCUUCAAACGCUCAUGUUAAAUAAUUUAGUUGAGCCAAUGUACAAAGAUCUCUGCCAUCGUUAUCUGGGCCCAGACACAGACAUUGAGACUGUUCUUCUCAGUGCAGAUGUGUGGCUGAUGAGAGUAGAUUUUAUAUUUGAAUUCCCAAGACCUACCAUGCCAAAUAUUGUUUAUGUUGGAGGAUUCCAGUGCAAACCAUCAAAACCUCUAGAGGCAGAGUUUGAAGAAUUUGUCCAGUCCUCAGGGGAAUAUGGGAUUAUUGUCAUGUCAAUGGGGACCAUUGUCAGCUCUUUGCCAAUGCAUAUCACAAUGAAAAUAGCAGAGGCCUUGGCUCAAGUGCCUCAGAAAGUUAUCUGGAAGUAUGAUGGAGAGAUCCCUCCCAACAUUGGAAAUAAUAUUUUACUGUCAAAAUGGAUCCCUCAGAAUGAUCUACUAGGUCACCCAAAGACACAAGUCUUUGUUGCUCAUGGUGGCACCAAUGGAGUUUAUGAAGCCAUCUAUCAUGGGGUGCCAGUAGUUGGCAUACCUCUGCUUUUUGACCAGUUUGAUAAUUUACUCAGACUUGAAGUCCGAGGUGCAGCAAAAGUGAUGAACGUUGCAACCAUGCAGUCAACAGAUCUACUGCAGGCAAUUAAUGAGGUUAUAUAUAACACCUCUUAUCGGGAGAACAUGCAGAAACUCUCCGCUCUCCACAGAGACCAACCCGAGUCUCCAAUGGAGAGAGCUAUUUUCUGGAUUGAGUACGUUGCCCGACACAAAGGGGCAGCACAUUUACGCUCAGAAUCUUACCGACUCCCCUGGUACGUUUACUAUUGUGUAGAUGUGAUGAUCUUCCUGGUGUCUUUGUUCUUCAUGUUUACUACAUUGUUAGUCCUGCUAUUGAAGAAGCUUUGUAAUAUAUCUCGAAAGAAGAAACAAAAGACCCAGUAA